AGUUGCAGAAUCACACAAAAGUAGCCAUAAUAUUUCAAAAAAAUAAAUAUAAAAUUUGAUUACUUCAUUACGCAUUUUGUCUUUGCAUAAGUAUUCUGUUUAACGUUUUCAAGAGCUGAAUUUUCGUUUUUCAUAGAAAUAAAAGCAGUAUAAUAUUACCAGUCAGACAGCAGUAAGGCAAACAUGCGAACAAAACAAACUGCUCGAAAGUCAACGGGAUUGGGAUUUAUUCAUAGUCCUCAUGGAUCCAAGGGUUCCAAAGGUUUCAAGGGUUCCAAAGGAUCCAAAGGACCGAAGUCACAUACACUCACAGCAUUCCUCCGAAAUAUGCAAACGGCGCGCAAAUCCACCAGUCACAAGUCGCCGGUGAAAAAAGGGUUCGCCCGAAAAAGUUGCACUCCCCGUGUCGCUUCGAAUUCGCCACCACAAAGACACAACGAUGCCAAUGUUGUUAGACCACCUGGCUUUCGACACGCGAAUGGAGCGAAGGCUUUAAAAGAGAUUCGUCAUUUCCAGAACACAACGUCGUUGCUAAUCAAUCGAUUGCCGUUUCAACGGUUGGUGCGUGAAAUUUGUCAACAGUUGAAGGUUGAUGUACUCUUUCAGGUUGGAUCUUUGGAAGCGAUCCAGGUAGCCUGUGAGAGUUAUCUAACUCAAUUGUUUGAAGACACCAAUCUGUGUGCCAUCCACGCCAGACGGGUUACGAUAAUGCCGCGCGACAUUCAAUUGGCCCAGCGACUAAGACGAUGGUAAUACGACGUAAAGUGUAAGUUAUUUGCAUUGAUUAAGUGCAGAAUUAUUAUUAUUUUUUUUUUUGAUUUUGUUAUGAUGUUCCGUUUGUUACAUUGAAAAUCCACUGAACUAUAAUUUUGUGAAACAUUGACCAAAGCGUAAGGUUCCUUUAAGAUUUGAAUUCCAGAAUAAGAUUGGUGUUCUAAAUGAAA